AUGAAGUAUGAAACUGCGUUGAUUACCCUCGCGGGUCUCGCCUCAGCCCGCGAGAUUAGCCUCUACACGCGGAAGGUCUCGAAGCGCGAGGUUCCUCAGGAACAUUCGCACGAGCCCAUCCUGCGUGCUGUCAACACUGCUCUGCAACUCAACAACCCCUUGGAGAUUCAGGACACCGUUUUCGCCCUGCUUGGAAACAAGGCGGCGGCGGAGGGUGCUCCCAAUGUCGCCAACUUGGACUGCCUGCAGCAGAUCAUUGCCGACCAAGCCUUCACCAACGCGAAGGCGGCCGGCGAUGUUGACGCCCAGGCCCAAGCUAUCCUGUUCCGCGCUUUGGAACGGAACACGGGCUCCGUCGGUCUUGCCAGCGUGCUUUGCAACGAGACUGCGGUGAACCCUGAGAUUGCCAACAUCCAGCAGCACCAGGAUCCCGCCUCUGCCGAGGCCGCUGGCAAUGCGGACAUCGAGCUGGAGGUUGCCAAAUCUCUGGCUUCGAUCGGCGCCGACCCUCUGCUCGCGUUGAACAGCGCUACGUUCCCCCCUGGCGAGAUUGGCGACCCAACCGCCGCAGGCAACACUUGCGACGAUGCCAACGAUGCCAACGGCUGCAUCUUCACUUUGAACCUUCUUACGCCGGCCACCACCGAGGCCGAUAUCAAGGCCGCUGUGGCCAAUGUCGCCGCUGGUAGUGCCGCCGGAGCUGGCGCUGGUGCUAACGCUGGUGCUGCUGCUGGUGAUGCCUGCGCAGCCCCCGCCGCAAACGCCACUGCCGGAGCCGCCGACGCUUCCGCCAGCACCGCCGCCACCGGCACCGUCAACGUGCAAGCUUUCACCGGCUCCCUCGGGGGUGUCGCGCCCGCGGUUGAAAGCACCGCCGGCUCCGACCGCCCCUUCUCCGUCAACGGCGCAACUUUCACGACCGCCAACGCGGCCCUCCAGCGGUCAUGCUCCGUCCAAAAGAACGCCUGCGCGAACGCCGCCAACUCGGGCCAGAUCGAGGGCGGCACGGCCCAGUGCGAGGCCCAGGAGGCCGAGUGCAAGGCCGCCAGCGCGGUCAAGCGUGUCCGCCGCUCGUCGCUGUCGCGUCGCCAGGCUGGCGCUCUUGACUUUGGUGACUGCAGCAACCCGGCGAUUCAGUUCGCUGAGGGCCUUGAUGGGCGCAAGGAAGCCAGCUUCCAGAAUGUUGAUAAGUCCAGCUUCAACCACGGUUCUGCCCUCAAGAUUGGGGUCAUCGCCGACUUUACGUGCUCGCAGCUGGCGAGCUCGUGCAAGGCGGCUGAUGAGACGGUGCAGGCUUGCAAGCAGGCUGCGUCGGCUGCUUCGGCGGCUACCGGUCAGGCUGCGGCUGAUGCGUUCAACUCGGCUCUUGGUGUUGCAGCUUAA